CCCUAGGAAGGCGGAGGAGUGCAGGUCGGGGAAUGUAGUUUUCUCUUGCAGAGCUCCAGGGGACUUGGCUGUGACAUUGGUGUGGGGAGACUAGGUAUGUCUUAUACUGGCUUGUGAUGUCGCCUCCUACCAGAGAUGUUCGCCCAAAGCUGCAGUGCUGUGUCACGGUACUGAAAAUGGCCUAGCUGUGUAUGGGGUUUCGACUGGGCACACAUGAGCCCCUCAAGUGCACUUUGGAUGGAAGGUACAAACCUAUAGGGGAUCUUGUGCUUGAGGCUGUGCACUGAAGAUGACAGCUGAAAAUGAGACAUGCAUUGCAGGCCCUUCUGUGACCUACCUGACCUGCCUCGUGCAGAUGUUUCUGGAUUGGCUAGGACUUGAGAAUUUGGAAGAUUACCUGAACUACUUAGACUACCUCAUGUGGGUCUUCACGCCACUGAUAAUAGUAUUCAUACUACCCUUCCUCAUUGUCAUUUUUCUCUACCUCUCCAUCCUCUUCCUCCACGUAUACAAGCGCAAAAAUGAACUGAAAGAAGCUUAUUCCAACAGUAUAUGGGAUGGCGCCCGGAAAACAUUGGCAACACUGUGGGAUGGGCAUGCUACAAUAUGGCAUGGUUAUGAAAUUCAUGGUUUGGAAAAGAUCCCCGAUAGCGGCCCUGCAUUAAUUGUGUACUAUCAUGGCGCUCUUCCAGUAGACUACUAUUACUUUGUAGCAAAGGUCAUUCUUCUAAAAGGCAGAAUGUGUCACUCAGUCGGGGACCACUUUCUCUUCAAAAUACCAGGUUUUAAACCACUCCUUGAAGUAUUUAGUGUCAUUCAUGGACCAAAGCAAGAAUGUGUGAAAGCACUCAGGAAUGGCCACCUACUGGCUAUUUCCCCAGGAGGGGUACGGGAGGCCUUGUUUAGUGAUGAAAGCUACACCAUCAUGUGGGGGAAUCGUAUAGGAUUUGCAGAGGUUGCAAUUGAUGCGCAAGUGCCCAUCAUUCCAAUGUUUACACAAAAUGUCCGGGAAGGAUUCCGGUCUCUUGGAUGCCUACCAAUUUUUCGAUGGAUAUAUGAGAAAUUUAAAAUUCCUCUGGUUCCUAUUUAUGGUGGUUUUCCAGUGAAAUUUCGCACUUAUCUUGGUGAUCCCAUCCACUAUGAUCCCAGUAUAACAGCCAGUGAACUGGCUGAGAAGACAAAAUGUGGCAUUCAGUCACUAAUAGACACGCACCAAAAGAUCCCUGGAAAUAUUUUUCGUGCCCUGCUGGAAAGGUUUCACAGAAGAAAUAAAGAAGAUUAAAGUGCAAUUUGUAUUUAGACCUUCAGAAGCACAAUGUUGUCUGUUUUAUAGAUUUUAACUUAAUUUUAUUAACCUUACUUUUUUUUUUCUAUGGACUUCUUCUUAUGUGAUUACUGAAACAAAUUUUUUCAUGUAACACAAGCAUGGAAAUUAUACUUAUCUUCAAGAUUUCUUGAAAUGUUUUCUUAUCAGGUUUCUAAGAAGUUGAGUCAUUGCCGUAUUUUUUUCCUGUUUCUAAGUAGAAAAUGUUUAUCCGCUUAUGUACAGACAAUAAAAUCAGUUCAGGUUCAUGUGGAAUAAA